GAAAGUAGCUGUAAUCUAAUCGUUUCAAGUUUUACUUCCCGUGAUCCGCAUCUGGGGGCAGCAACCAGCGGCUAUCCAGGCUAGAAGCUAAGAGCCUCGCCUCGUGUAUAUCAAGCACUGGAAAACCCCAAACCCAAUCCCGUCACCUAAUACUCUACGCGGAUAUUGUGGAAACAAUGUCGAUGCCAGGACUCAAACCCAUUAUCUUCUAUGAUAUCCCCAGCAUCGUUCAGGGUGAAUCAUGGUCUCCAAACACGAUGAAAACAAGAUACUGUCUCAACUUCAAGGGUAUACCCUUCCAGACCGUCUGCCUCGAGUUUCCGGAAAUCAAGCCAUUCUACGAGCAGCAUUCUCUUGCACCCACCACCUUGCGUAGCGUCAAUGGAACCCUAACGCCCGUGCACACGCUCCCUGUCAUCAUGGAUCCAAAUACGAAUAGGUUGAUCACAGAUUCCUUUGCGAUUGCGCAGUACCUCGAUGAGCAAUACCCCGAUACACCGAAAGUGCUGCCACACAACACAGCCGCGCUGGUGUGCGCCUUUCACACUGCAUUCCAUAACCUCAUAAAGGAUAUCAUCUUGCUGGGCAGUUUUAGAGGUGCUCAGAAACUCAAUCCCAAGAGCAAGGAAUAUUAUAUUCGUACUCGGGUGGAGCGAUUUGGCAUUCCAUGGGAACAGUUUGCAACGCCCGAGAGAAGAGAGAAACAGUGGAAUGCACUGCGUGCUGCGUGCAAUACUGUAGACGGAUGGUAUGCAACUAGCAAUGGUCAAUUCAUAUUGGGGGAUACGCCGUGUUUCGCUGACUUCAUAGUUGCUGGACUAUGCAAGUGGGUACAGUAUUGCUUUGAGAACCAGGAGUGGGAAGAACUGAAGGGCUGGAACGGAGGGCGGUGGAGGAGACUGGUGGAGGCGACUGACAAGUAUCUUGAUUGUUCGAGGUAGUUCCGUUGAACAUGAUGCGUUUGGUUUACCUAUCGUAGUCCACUUUCACUUCUGUCAAGAAAUCGAGCCUGUAGUUCGUGUCAUCUCUUUCGAGUCUCAAUCUCGCCAGUUAGUUUCAUCUCUUCUUCUUCGCGAGUCCCCAGCUGUUUCCCGUGUACUACUUCAAUUCAUUGUACUCAGUGACAUUGUCUGUAAUAAAAUAUUGUGACCGAGUUCUCCGCUGGGGGACUUCGCUUGCCCUAAACACUCCGUAAUUUCCCCAGCUGAUUAGACUUUUGGUGAUAAGACCGGAUUUCAUUUUAUUCCCCUUCCUGCAUUUUACUUGCGGAACUCAACAAACAAAAGCCUGGGUCCCGCAGCUUGU